GACUAUCCCAUCCUCCACACCCCUCUCUGUCAUAUGAGCAUUGUAGAAUACUGUCAGCGAAAGGAAAACUGUCUCAGUCGUGUUGAACUGCAAAUUGAUCACAUCAAACCGCAUGCUUCAAGAUGAGGACCCUCCAUGACACUGUUUUCCUGACACUGUUUAUCUGGACUUUGUGUUCAUUGGCUGACACAAGAAAGAUAAGACAGAAACGAGCAUGGAUCAUUGAUUCUUUCUCUAUUGAAGAAGAAAACCCUGGUCCAUUUCCAUAUAAACUUGGCAUGAUUGAACUCGAGAAGACUUAUUUAGUGAACUUCGAACUUAAAGGCGAGGGUGUUGAUCAAGAGCCAAAGAAUAUUCUCUUGAUUAAUAAAGAAACAGGUGUAAUUAACGUUUAUGGGAAGGUGGACUAUGAAGCUAUAGACGUGACCAAGAAACUCAAAUUAGUGUUUGAAGCAAGAAAUAGAUCCAAUAAUUUAGUGGACACAAGGCUUGGGGUUCAAAUCACGAUACUGGACAUAAAUGACCACCCCCCAGUAUUUCAGUCAGAGAAAUAUGAAGUAUCUGUGGAUGAGUCACAUGCGCAAGAUAAAGAGUUUCUGACAGUGUUGGCAGCUGAUAAAGAUGAUAUUAACACAAAAAAUGGCACCUUCUCUUACACUAUCAAGUCUGUCAUGCCAAAGACAGACAAUGUGGAGUUCUAUAUACGACAGCAUGAACAAUCAGGGACAGUUUAUUUUAAAGGGUGUUUGGACUAUCAGAAAGCUCAGAAAUAUGAAAUCCUGGUUGAAGCAAAGGAUCAUGGAGAAAAGAUUCAGCUUUCUAGUACAAGUACACUUAUAGUCAACAUCUUGGACAAAAACAACCACCUUCCAGAAUUCUCAGGCAAAACAGGACCUGGGAAAGUUAAGGAGCGAGAGACUGGUAUUGAAGUUUUGCGACUGCAAGUAACAGACAAAGACAAACCUGGUUCAAACGCCUGGAAAGCCAAAUACACAAUCAUUGGAGAUCCAAAGCAGUUUUUUAAAAUAGAAACAGACCCUGUUACAAAUGAAGGAAUUUUAACAAUUGUUAAGCCCAUGGACUAUGAGGAGCAAAGAUACCAAAAUCUGUCCAUCCGCGUGCAAAAUGAGGCUCCCUACUUCUAUUGUAAGGUUACUAAGCGUGUGCCUAAUGCCAAGUGGGAGCUGGAUAACUUCAAUGAAAACUCUGCCACAAGUUUUCCAAACCUCUAUAACAUCAUUCCAGUGUCCAUUAAUGUUGAAGACAUCAACGACCCUCCAGUUUUUAUACCCCCUGUUAAAGAGAUUGUAGUGAUGGAAAAUAUAGAAGUAGGGACAUUUCUAACAACAUUCACUGCUAAAGACCUGGAUGGAAGCCACAUUAACACAUUUAAAUUUGUUAAAGGAGAAGAUAUCGGUGAGUGGAUAACUGUUGAUGCCAAGACUGCCCGAGUAUCCACAGCUAAAAUACUGGAUAGAGAGUCACCCAUUCUUGUAAACAGCACCUAUAGAGCAACAUUGUAUGCCGUGGAUGAUGGUGUACCACCGCUGACCGGAACAGGAACUCUGAUUAUUCACAUAAACGAUCAGAAUGAUAACGUACCAAUGCUGCAGGAAAAACACAUCAAUAUGUGUCUGUCGAAAGAACACACAAUGGCCAACAUAACAGCUGUAGAUCUCGACCUCCCUCCAUAUAGCUCACCCUUCUACUUUGAGCUUUUGGGAGAUGUUAAGGGCAAAUGGAGGACUGAUCCAACUCAUGGGACCACUGUGAAUCUUGUAAAAGAAAGUAGUGUAUAUUCAGGCCACCAUCGUCUCCAGAUCAGGAUUUUAGAUCAGCAGGGAUUUUAUGCCAUGCAGAAUCUGUCCGUCACAGUGUGCGACUGCUCUACUGUUCCCAAUUGCCAUCUCAGGAUGGUGUUGAAGGUCCAGAUGCAUGCUGGUGCCACCUUGAUUGUGGUCAUUGCAGUUCUGACCCUCAUAGUAAUGUUCUUGAUGACUUUACUGAUUUCCUGUAAGGCGGAGAAAAAUAUGAUUUUAAUGGAUGAGGGCCUUGGACAUCUAAUCACAAAGAAUACUGAAAAUCCUGGAACAGACUGCAUGGUGCCAGCCAAUGUAGGGGUCCAUCAGACUGAUUCUUCCAAAGAACGGAACAACACCAAUAUGUCUAACCAAGUAAAUGCAGUACAGACCAUACCAUCAAUCAAUGUUCAGGUUGUGUAUAAAGGACAGCAGGCUGUUUUGCAGGUUCCUAAACAAGUAUACACUGGUCAGACGUUCCAAAGGUCAAUAUACAGGAGUUCCACAAGGCGUUCAUACAGAGAACUGAAAAAUGUUCAGGGAUCCAGUAUGAGAUCAAGUUUUAGAAGCUUCUCUUCCAACAAUGGCAAUAUUCCUUACAUGAGAGAAAAACUCUCAUUUCUCAUCAACCAGCAAUUGCUGGCUGUCCAAACUCAUGAUGAGGAGCUUAAUGUUUAUGAGCCACACUGUUACGCGGAUGAAGGCACAUUUACGGCCUCUGCCGAACUGGAUGCAAUCUCAAUUCCAGAGAAUGACUUUCAUCCAAAUAUGCUCAGAAAUCUGGACAACAAAUUCAAUAACCUAGCAAACAUCUCCAGACCUGACCUGAUGGAAAAGUGACAACUGUCUGUGAGGAAAUAUAGUGUUUUUCUUUUUUCUUUUUAUUUUUGAGUAUGACAAUGAGAUGUUGUAUGAGAACUUGGAUGAGUGUCGGGUGCAAAAAUACAGGACAAACGGAGUGAGGGUUUUCAAUGUUUUCUCAAUGUUAUAUGAGUGAUAAUCGCAUUUAGAUCAAAUGAUUGCAAUUUUAAUUUCUUUUUUUUGCUUUUCAACUGCAUAUUCAGUGAAAAUUUACUGAAAUUUACUUACAGGCAAUUGCACCAACUGCCAUUGACACAAAUUACACAAGUAUAAUAUGAUUAUUUGUUAUAUUUCACUGCAAAAAUAAAGAAAAGGUAGCACGAAAUCAAGUUUUUGCUAAGCUGUAAUACUUAGAACAAACCAUAACCAGUAUGUUUUUAUGCAUGUCAAUACAGUGCUGCCUUGCAAGCACUGUAAUGAUUUUAUUUUAUUUUAUAAAAACGGAUAGCACAUCAGAUCAUUAGAACAGUUACAAAGACACCAACACAACUUGGACAGUUUUGUGCAAACUUGUCUGUUGUCGCCUUGGGGGAGAUAUGUGAACUGUUGUUUCUGUUUGCUAUCUUUGUAUCUUCGGUUGGCAUAUGGGAACAGAUGAAUCUUUAAUAAAAAGCAGUUUUUAAUCUACUGAAAACAGCACGCUUGUAUGAGUGGGUUAAUUUCCAUGAAACUGCAAAUGUUGUUAGAGUUUUAAGUUGACACAUCCCACAACCUGCUCAACCUGUUUUACAUGCUCAAUGCAAAGCUCUUGAAAUAGUUUGCUUACACAAAAUGCUUCACAUCAACACCAACUACCAGCCAUUAAUUUGGACACCUACUCAUCAUUGUUACUAUUUAACCCCAUUUAAAAAUAAUUUAUGAAAAUGAUGAAAAGUCAUCAAACCUAUGAAAUAAUAAUAAUGGAAAUGUGGGAAUUAUGUAGUGACCAAAAAUGUUUUCUUCAAUAUCCACUCCAUUUAAAAAAUUUAGUUUUGUAAAGAAAUUUGUACCUAGGCUUCACAAUUUAUAUUUGUCUACAAAACUAAUAAAAAUUUGUAUUUAACCACAAGCCUUUAGAUACAGAGUUUAAGUUCAUGAAACACAGGCAUUCUGAAAAGUGUGUUCAAACCAUUGUCUAGUCGUGUACUUUUUAAAGUUCUACUGAACCAGGUUAAAUCCAGCCUAAUACUAAAGCAUACAACCAAAAUGUAUUGUGUGUCUUUUUCUACCUCAAGUCAAGAUUGAUAUCUUGGCAAUGAAAUAGCUUUCAACAAGGCGUGCCACACCGUUACAUACCACCUAGGGGAAAGUACGCAACAUAAAUGACACUUUUUUUUCUUUGUAAGAGUGAAGCAAUGACUUCACAAAUGAGUGUGGCCAAAAUAACAAGCAAAAAGUAAUUCUACCUCCCAGCUGAAAAAUAACUUCACUAAUCAAAAAAGAACAAAAUUAAAUUCCCUACCUCCCUAACUAACCCAGAACAAGAGAAAACUCAACACACAAUAAAAGAAACAGGCCCCCAUUCCCUAUUUGUCACUCACUUGAUGUUGUGUAAUAACACUAGGGGUCACACCUGCGAGCACUGGGGGCGAUUUGGGGACCACAAUAGGACCAUCUCCGCUGGUUAAAUCCCAGCAGACCUCCCAUUUCCCAGCACACUCGUUUCCUCUGGUUAGGCAUUCAGAUGAGUGCGCCGAGUUCCAGGGCGAGUUCGACAUCUUAUUCUGUGCCUGUGAGGGCGAUGAGCUCUCGAGUGCAGCAUCGGAGAGCGGGCUCGUCCUGUCUGAUGCGGAAAUCUCCACUGGGCUUCCCCCCUCGGGUGUGGUCGCCCAGUCACAGGCGGACACUCACGUGAUCCUGAGAUCCCUACCAGGCUAUGUGUCCAAGGUUCCCACGACCCUUUUCAGUGACCAAGAGGUGAACAAGUGACUAAAUGGUGCAAGCGCUGCCCCAGGAGGAGGCAGACCCAGCCUUAGCAUUGCUGAUAUAUUUGGAUCGCACGCAGAGCUUUAGGAUCUCUGAGCAGCUCUUUGUCUGCUUUGGUGGACAGCAGAAAGGAAGCGCUGUCUCCAAACAGAGGAUCGCCCACUGGAUCAUCGAUGCCAUAGCUGUUGCCUACCAGGCUCAGCAGGUACCACCCCCUUCAGGGCUACGAGCCCAUUCCACCAGGAGUGUGGCGGCCACCUUGGCUCUGACCAGUGGUGCCUCUCUAGCUGACAUUUGCAGAGCAGCGGACUGGGCUACACCCAACACCUUUGCGAGAUUCUACAAUCUCCGGUUUGAGCCGGUCUCAUCCCGUGUCUUAGCAGAAACGAACGGGUAAGUCCGGGUCGACCGGCCGGGUAUACAGCUUGCACCUAGCACCUUUCACCUCCCUUGAGCUGAGAUGUGCGUUGUUGAUUCUCAGCAGUGUUCACAGAUGUGUUCCCUUGUUGAUUCCUCCUAGUCCUGCAGCAGAUGAGUUCGUGGAGAAACUCACUGCCAGCUCAGUACUUGUGCUAACUACGCCCCGUACUGCCAGUACUGCCAUCAUGUGCUGGUUCCCCAUAGGCAACCCCUUGCGAUGUAUAUUCCGCUGAAAAACCUUUCCCGGUAGGCAAACUGUGUCUUCCUAGGGCAGAGACCCCUCUGGCCCAGUCUCCAUGCUCAUAGAGCCUCCUCCCCCAUUGGGCAGGACCUACCAUGGGACUUCUCCACAGGACAUACUUCCGACUAGACUCGGCAAGACCAUGUAACAUAUUUCCACUUAAUUAGUUAAGUGGAAAUAUGUUAGUUAUAUUAUAUAUUAGUUAAGUGGAAAUAUGUUUCAAUUAAUUGAAACAAAAUUAGUUUCACCCAAAACUUUGUCACAUAUUAGUUUUUGAGCCAUCCACCUCUGGUCAACACCGUCACCCCUAAGCAGGCAGUCCUCUCCACAUACACCAGUCCCCAGGACUAGCUGAUUUUCUCCAUGGUUCAACCCUGUCAGAGAGGUAGAGAGAGAGACAAAACAAAAAGGAAGGGAAGAACCUGCUGCACAAUACGUCAAAGGACAUAACAACAUGCAACCAGACUUUUUAAUAAAACCACACUCAAUCCAAAUGUAUGCUUUUCUUGUUAAAUUUUUAGUUAUUUUAGUUAUUUAACCACAUCCCAUGGGGUUGGUUGUUACAAAUGCACAACAUAAUCAUUAAUUAACAAAAGUCAAUAAUUGUUUUUGUUUUUUUUACCCAAGAUUGUUACCUUUAAUCUGCACCUAUUCGGGGCACCUUUUGUUCCACCUGAGAUACCAAAGACUAUAAAAGUGUGCUAGUAACCCCAGUUUUCCCUUCUCACAAUUUGCACAAAGCAUACUGUAGGAUUCCAUCCCAAACAUAACUAAGUUCUUCUUAAAACAUCAGAUCAGCAUGUGAAGUAGUCGGUUCAUCUGGCUAGGCUUCAUUUCUAGAAGUGGCCUAAAUACUAAUUGUGACACUGUACACUAGGCCUUUGUGCUGUUUAUCUGACACUGUAGCUAAAUAUGAUAUUUUAUCAUGAUGUAGGCAUCUCAUCAUUCAACAUUCAAAAACCUGUUGUGUUUUUAUGGCACAAAUAAACACCUGAGAAAAU